UUAUCUAGGUUAUCUAACUUGCUGGCAAGUACAAGUCCUGAUGCUAGUGGGAGUGUAACAGUGGUCUUUUCACAUAAUCCCAUAGUUCUUGGAAGCUUUGUUCAUUUUUUUCACUCUGUUUUCUUUAAUCUUGCCGUCUCAUUUUAUUUCAUUGAUUUGAUCUUCUAUCUCUGAUAUCCUUUCUUCUGCCUGAUCAAUUCAGCUGUUGAAAUUUGUGUAUGCCUCACAAAGUUCUCCAGCUGUGUUUUUCAGCUACAUCAAGUCAUUUAUGAUCCUCUCUAACCUGGUUAUUCUAGUUAUCAUUUCAUCUAACCUUUUUUCGAGGUUCUUCGUUUCUUUGCAUUGGGUUAAAAUCUGAGUCUUUUAACUCAGAGAAGUUUGUUAUUAUCCACCUUCUGAAGCCUGCUUCUGUCAAUUCAUAAAAUUCAUUCUCUGUCUUUUUUUGUUCCCUUUAUGGUGAGGGGUUGUGAUCCCUGGGAGGGGAAAAGGUGUUCUGGUCUUUGAUGGUUUCAUCCUUUUUGCGCUGUUUUUUUCCCAUCUUCGUGGAUUUAUCUCCCUUUGAUCUUUGAAGCUGGUGAUUUUGGGAGUCUCUAUUGGAGCUAUAUCUUUUUUGGCCUGUAGAUAGCGAUGCUGGGCUCUCACAAAUUCAGUCAGGUUGCCGGGUGGGUGGUCCUUUCCUGGAGUUUGUUUGCAGGUGAGAUUGACCCCGCCUCUCCACUAGUAUCUCUCCUUCCCAGAGCUUGAUCUGCCAGGUUGGGGUCAAACUGGUGUAUUUGCUACCAAGCUCUCUAGCGAAUUUGAGUUCUGGGGGUCUGCCAGCCUCAUGGCCUGUUUCCCUUCUUUCAGCUCUGCCUCUUUCUGUGGGACCGUCCGUCCCGCUUGUGUUAGUCCAAACUUCAGCCCAGGUCAGUGCAACAACUUGCCGUGCCGGGGAGAGCCACAGCUUAGAUUUGCAUGACAACCCUCGGUCUGGCAGGGCUCUCGUGGACUGUCGGUUACAGGAGGGACGAGAUUUCCCUUAAUAAAGAGAAGAAAAACCCCUGCUUCACAGGAAAGUAAAAGAAGAUGAGUUCUACCAGACUGCUUUCUGUAAUCCUGAAUGAUGGACACUUCAUGCCUAUGCUGGGGUUUGGUACUUCUGCCCCUAGGAAGGUUGCCAUGAGUAAUGUAGAAGAAGCCGUCCAGGUGGCAAUAGAUGUAGGCUACCGCCAUAUUGACUCAGCUUAUUCGUAUCUGAAUGAAGAAGCCAUUGGGCAGGCCAUCAGGAAGAAGAUUGCCAAUGGCACUGUGAAAAGAACAGAUAUAUUCUAUACCACAAAGAUGUGGGGCACCUUUUCCCGCCCAGAAUUGGUCCAAAGAGGCCUUGAACUGUCACUGCAGAAACUUCAGCUGAGCUACGUGAAUCUUUACCUUGUUCAUUACCCGGUAUCUUUGCAGCCUGGAGAGGAGUUUAUCCCAAUGGACUCACAGGGAAAGAUCAUUUUUGACACAGUAGAUCUCUGCAGCAUGUGGGAGCGUGCAGACAUGUAUUAUUUGCCUCUAGCUGGCUACACAGAUGACUCCUCACAACACUAUCCUCUCCAGGCCAUGGAGAAGUGUAAGGACGCAGGAUUGGCCAGGUCCAUCGGGGUGUCCAACUUCAACCGCAGGCAGCUGGAGAUGAUCCUCAACAAGCCAGGGCUCAGGUACAAGCCCGUCUGCAACCAGGUGGAAUGUCACCCUUACCUCAACCAGAGCAAACUCCUGGAGUACUGUAAGUCCAAGGACAUUGUCAUGACUGGAUAUGCUGCCUUGGGGUCUGACCCAGGAAAGGAAUGGGUGAAAAAAGACAACCCAGUUCUCCUGGAGGAUCCAGUACUCAAUGCCAUCGCUGAAAAGCACAGGCGAACUCCAGCCCAGGUUGCCUUGCGCUACCAGCUGCAGCGGGGGGUGGUGGUCCUGGCCAAGAGCUUCACUGAGAAGAGAAUCAAAGAGAACUUCCAGCUUUUCUCAUCACCUGGAUUAUCAAUUUCUUGAUGACUAUUAAGAAAAUUAUCUGUGGUUGUUCCAGAGCUUAUUGAUUUUGGGUUGAUGAAUAGAGAACAUUUCAAGGAUGAGAAGUUUCUAGUAUUCCCCAUUGAUUAGCCUGCUCAGUCACAAGUUGGCCUAAGACCCUGGAUCAGAAAAUAAAAGUAUCUAAACCCAGUUUUCUCUUGAUUCCCAUCCCCACAACUGCCAAAAUAAAGAGGUAUUUGAAACAAUCUAACUGCUGCAGCUUUGGCAUUUGCUUUUGUUUCUUUCCCAUCUCACUGAGGUUAAGAUGCUGACAUCCGGGGAAGGGCUGAUAGAAGGGGUGAUCAUAAGGGAUGUGACUCUCGCAAAAAACGCUAAUAACUUGGUAUACCUUCAAAUUUGCAAAAUCUUUUUUUACUUGUUUGUCCUUCUUGAGCAUUUUUUUCUUUUCUGUGUAUUCACAGUAUACGAUUUUAAUAGAUACUCUAAAGGAAUUUAACACUUAAUACCUAAUACCCAAAAUGUCCUGAUUUUAAUUUUAAAAGUUACUUAUCAUACCAAGAACACGGAUGGUCUCGAGUUGAAUAAAUGAAGGUAAACACCAGAUUGCUACAACCAGACGGUCAAGACAUUAUCAUUAUCCGAUCAAGUUUUUAAAGCAACCAUUGUAAAAACGGUCAACAAACAACUGUAAACACACUUGCAACAAAUGAAAAAACAAAGUUUCAACCAAAAAAUUAGAAAGUGUUAGAAAAUAAAUAGAAGAGGCCAGAUGCGGACGCAGUAGCUCACGCCUGUAAUCCCAGCACUGUGGGAGGCCGAGGCGGGUGGAUCAUGAGGUCGAGAGAUCGAGACCAUCCUGGUCAACAUGGUGAAACCCCGUCUCUACUAAAAAAUAUACAAAAAAUUAGCUGGGCAUGGUGGCGUGUGCCUGUAAUCCCAGCUACUUAGGAGGCUGAGGCAGGAGAAUUGCCUGAACCCAGGAGGCAGAGGUUGUGGUGAGCCGAGAUCGCGCCAUUGCACUCCAGCCUGGGUAAGGAGAGCAAAACUCCGUCUCAGAAAAAAAAAGAAAAUAAAUAGAAGAUAAAUGAACAACUAAGUUUGGAAAUAUUAAAACAAAGUUACAAUAUACAAAAUUUAAAUUUUAGUCAAUAGGAUCAAUAACAUAAGAAAUAGAGGAGAUAAUUAUUGAUCUGGAAGUUAAAGCAAUAUAAAUCAUCCAAUAGGAGCAACAGAUAGAAAACAGACAGAAGAAGAAAAGGAACAGAGCUUCCAGGACCUGUGGAAAUACAACAAAAGACUUAACAUUCCUGCCGUCAAAGUCCUGAAAGGAAAAGGAAGCAAAGAGUGGGCCGGAAAAGUACUUAGAGAUGCAGUGGCUGCUUUAACUGCUGAAAGCUUUUCAAAUUUAGAAACACUUACAAACCUAUAGAGUCAAGAAGAUAAGUGAUCUUCAAAUAAUAUAAACCAAAAGGAAUCAAAUCAAGGCACAUCAUAAGUAUAUGAAAACCAAAAGAGAAGAAAAGUUUCUAAAAAAGCAAGAGAAAAAUAACACCUAAUCUAUAGAAUAAAAAGAAUUAAAAUAAUUGUGAAUUUUUUAUCAAAAAAUCAUGGAAGCAAGUGACAAUAAUUUUCAAAUGCUGAAAAAAAAUAAUUUUCAAUCCUAACUCUUGUUCAGCAAAAAUAUCUCUCAAAAGAGAUAUUGUCAAGACAUUUGCAGGUGAAGAAAAAUAAAAUAUUUUUUUUCAGCCGACCUAACCUAAAAUAAUAGCUAACAUAAGUUCUCAAAACAGAAAGAAAAUAGAAAAAAAAUUAGAAUCUUGUAACCUCAGGAAGAAAAAAGUACAAAUAUGCAAGCAAAAAUACGGGUAAAUGCAAUAGAUUGUUCCUGCCCUCUUGAGUUUUCUAAAUGAUAUUUGUCAAUUGAAACAAAAACUAAAUGUCUUAUAUGGUUUUAAAUGGAUGUGUCAGAAAUAUUUAAUGAAAGUAUAUUAUUAUUGGGGGAGGGUAAAGGAACUUGAAAGGAGGUAAGGAUUUUGUACUUCUUUCAAAGUGGUAAGACAAUGACAGCAGUCCACAGUGACAAUUGUGUGUAUGUACUGUAAUACUAAUAGCAACCAAUGCUAUGCAAAGAGACACACCAAAACAUGCUAUGGAUUCAUCAAACUGCAUCCAAGAGGAUCUAACUGGGAUUUAUAGAACAUUCUACUUGACAAUACCACAAAAUAGAUUCAAGUCCCCAAAGAGCAUAAUCAAGGCAGACCAUAUUCCGGCCAUAACCCACAACACCUAGAAAAUAACCAAAAUCAUAAAAGCCUGAACAAACAGACAUUAAUUGAAAUUAUACAGAGUAUGUUAUUCAAGGAAAAAUGAAUCUAAUUAGAAACCAAACACAGAACAGUAACAUGAAAGUCACCAAACUCUUGGAAAUUAAACAAUACACUUCUAAAUAAUCCAUGGGUAAGAUAGGAAGUCUUGAAGGAAAUAGAAAAGUACAUUGAACUGAAUGAAAAUCAAAAUGCAGCAUAUCAAAUGGUGCGGCACACAGCUGAAGCUGUGCUAAUAGAUUCCAUAGAAAAGAGGAAAUCUUAAAUCAACAAUCUAAGCUCUUAUGUCAAGAACCUAGAAAAGGUAGAGCAAAAUAACCCAAAGCAAACUAUGGAAAUAAUCAAUAGAGGAGCUGAAACCAAUGAAUUUGAGAGGAAAAACAGAAAAAAAAUGAAGCAAAGAAUUAGUUUUUGAAAAGAUAAAUUCAGGCAAGCUUCUAGCAAGACUGACAUAAAAAAAUAGAGCAAACACGAACUACCAACAUAAGCAAUGAAACAGGCAGUUAUGCUAACGAUCCUGUAGAAAUAAACAGGAUGGUAAGGGACUACUACAAACAACUCUAUACACGUAAAUUUCACAGGUUAGAUGAUGGACCAAUUCCCUGAAAAAUACACGAUACCAUAACUCACCCAACAAAAUAGAUCAUUUGAAUAGCUCUAUUACUAUUUGGAAACGACUUCUGAAUGUUUUUCACAUAGGGCAAUGUAGGUAUUUGCAGAAGCGUGACAAGAAUCUGUUUUGUUUUUUU